UAUGUGAUUCGCACAUUCUCUCGAUCACCGAUGACAGGAGAAAGAGGAGCGUAGGAUGGGAGGCGUUGCGUUGGCCUCUUGGAAGCGGAUUCCCUCGCCUUCCCAUCGUCUUGGAUUUUGUGGAUCCCAAUCAGGUUUAUUUAAUUCCUGCUUUUUUUUGGGUCAGCAAUCCCGCAACUUAAGUCCUCAAACAUCUGGCCGCAGCCUUUUUCACUUUCCUGUGCAAUAUAUUCACCAAUACAGAGGUGCCACAUCCGACAUAGCGAACAUGGAGGAGGAUACCGUGGAUUCCAAUCCAAGUGUAGCCCAUGCGGCAUGGUGGAAGGAUGGAUGGAUCCCACGGUGAGCAGUCCCUGUGGCCGUUCCUUCUUCUCAAGCCAUAUUCCCACAGUUACACUACUGAGAAGUAGUGCCAUCCCCUCCCGUAAGUCACUGGCAUCAGAUUGCUUCACCACCAAUAAAGGUCACAGUGACAGCCAUAACCCACCCACCCAGAUUUCUGUUCUGACGCCAACUUCCUCUCCAGUUCCUACUCUUCCCCUUUUGUGCCCAAAUAAUCACCACCCAUGGCUGUGACCAAUCCAUUCUUAAUCUCUCUGAAGGUACCACCUCAAUCAGCAGCAAUGACGUGUGUCUUCCCAUUUGUUAUGCAGGAAUGAAUGUAUAUGAGAGAGAGGGAGAGAGAGAAACCCAACUGGUCAACAACUUCAGUCGAAGGCACCAUAUAGAGAGAGAGAGAGAGAGAGAGAACCCAACUCGUCAACAACUUCGGUCGAGGGCACCAUACUCGUUCCAGUCUUUCCCCUUCACGAACUUCUCCCCCUUCGUCUCCAAGAGAGAGGGAGAAAUUAGAGAGAUAUCAUUCAUUUAUUGUGCUGUUGUGUAAAUUGCAAUCGAGGGGAAGUGACAAGAUGAAGGGAUUUGGCAGCACAAAGUUGAUAUUUCUGCAGCCUUCGUCCAUCAGCAAGCAAGGAGGCAAUGGGAUCACCACAUCCAUCUCCAUCUUGGUCUCCCACCAUCAUCGCGUUUGGCUCCUCGCUCUCCUCGCCUUCUUCACCUUUGUCUCCCUCGUUACUCUCCUCAACACCACCACUGCGAGAGAUCCAAAUGGCCUCCCCUCCUCCGCUGUGUUGUCUGCCGGCUCGGUCUCUUCUCGCCCGCCGCCGCUGCUUCCCGCUCCCGUCUUCGAUUCGCUCGUCAACUACGCGGUGUUCUCCAACUCCACGGGGAAGAUGGAGGAGGGCGACCUCCGGAAGGUCGCGGGCGUGCUCCGGCUGCGGGGGCCGUGCAACCUGCUCGUGUUCGGGUUGGGGCACGAGACGCCGCUGUGGCGCGCGCUCAACCACGGCGGCCGCACCGUGUUCGUGGACGAGAACGAGUACUACGUCGCCCACGUGGAGGGGCGCAAUCCCGGGGUGGAGGCCUACGACGUGGCCUACACCACCAAGGUCCGGGAGAUGCCGGAGCUCAUCGCCGCCGCCCGACGGCAUCGCCGCGGGGACUGCCGGCCGGUGCAAAACCUGCUCUUCUCCGACUGCCGUCUCGCCAUCAACGACCUCCCCAACCAGCUCUACGACGUCCCCUGGGAUGUCAUCCUCGUCGACGGGCCGAAGGGGUACUCGGCGACGGAGCCCGGGCGGAUGUCGGCCAUCUUCACGGCCGCCGUCAUGGCCAGGUCCGGCGGGCCGGGGCACGUGGACGUGCUCGUCCACGAAUACGAUCGAAAGGUGGAGAAGCUGUGCAGCGCGGAGUUCCUCUGCCCGGAGAACCUUGUGGCCGCUACCCGCAGCCUCGCCCACUUCCGCAUCCGCGGCGGUCCCGCCGAUGAGUUCUGCGCCAACCAGGCCGACACCGCGUCGUUGUCGUCGCCGGCUGGCGGCAAAGCCGCCGCCUCGUAGUUUGUCUUCUGCCGCGCCU